UCAAGCGUAAAAUCGGUAAUACCAUUUCAAUUUACAAUUUAGAAACAUGCGCACUGAAAAUAGAAAAUGAUUUUUUGUAAUCACAUUUUGGAAUUAUUUUUAAUUUUACACAUGUUUUUCGAAAAAUCGAAAGGUAGUUCAAUGGUGCCUGAAGAAAUAGUUCCGGACUUAUAUUCAAAAUAUAAAGAAGCUGCUUUAGAUGAAAAAUCACGCCGCCUCUUCAGAAGGAAUAAACAAUAUGAAAUACAUGUUCAGAAACUCAAAGAAGUCAACGGAUUCAAAAAACAUAACCUUAUGAUAAAGGGAAACAUUCGAACUAGUGACAAUAGUAAUAACAAUAACCCUUUCAUUUAUAUUAAUAAUCCCGUCGAAUCAAAAAUACCGCAAUCCUUCCUGACACUAGAAGAGUUCAAAGAAGUCUUGACCAACCGAGUAAAAUUACAAAGAAACGAACUGACGACUAAAAAGGCUUUAAAAAUAUUUAAUGAAACAAAAAUAACUACCAGUCCAAUAAAAAUUAAAAAUAAUCCAAUUGAAAAUCAAUCAAAAAAUGUCUCUAACAAACUUGAGAAUACGACAAGCAUGAACACAAAGAAACUAAAGCAAACUGACACAACUAUAAUGAAAAAUACUAGUUUAAAACAUAAGAUAGACGCUACAACCGAAAAACCUACUAAACAAACAGUUUUAACUGACAAUCUCAAAAUAAGCUUAAAUUCAACUAUAACAAAAUCGAACAGUAAAAAAGUAGUGCUCAAUGUAACAAAAGAAACUAUUACUCAGGAAAUAGAAAGUACGAUAACCCAUAUGACAACUAACAAAUUAAAAUCAACACCUAAAACUACAACGAAAAAUAUAAAAUUAGAACCAGAAGAAGCUAAACACGAUUCUCUUAAUUUAUCAAUAGCUCUAUUAAAUAAAACAAAAGUAGACAACACAAGCGAAGUUACUAGUUCAAAUGAUGACAGAACUUUGAUAAAUGCAGAGUUAUUUAAUGAAAAUUUAAUAAAUGAUACGGAAAAACUAUCAAACGAUACUUUUGCAACAAUAUUUGACAGUAAAACAGAACAAGAAUUAUCCACUCAAGAAUUGAUAAAUGUUAGCCCCGAAAUAAGUUCUAACGACUAUGAAACAAUGACUACUAGAGACACUACUACAAAUGUAGUCACUGAAAAGACUACACUAUCUGAAACUGAAGUCAGUACAAUACACGCUACGAGAAAAACGGCCAAGCCGAAAAGAACGACAACACAAAAAGUUUCUUUUCAAGUUCCUAGAAAGAGGAGUACUUUAAGUAGGCCACUAGUUUUCAUGGGAAGUCGGUAAAUAAAACGUGAAUCUGUAAAU